AUGGCCUCUGUAGAGCUCACUGCCCCCAAUGGGCGGACAUACCACCAACCAACGGGACUAUUCAUCAACAGUGAAUGGGUGCAGUCAUCGGAUGGGGGCAAGAUAGCUAGUAUCAACCCCACCAACGAGCAAGAAAUAGUCUCGGUCUCCGCCGCAACAAGCCAAGAUGUUGACAAAGCUGUACGAGCAGCACGAGAGGCUCUGUGUCACCCAAGCUGGCGAGACCUUCCUGCCACAGACCGCGGCAAGCUCAUUGGACGCCUCGCCGAGCUCGUGGACCAGCAUCGGGAGAUCUUGGCCACAAUAGAGACGUGGGACAACGGCAAGCCGUACUCAGUAUCGCUCAACGAAGACCUGACCGAGGCUGUCGAGACGCUGAAGUAUUACGCUGGCUUCGCUGAUAAAGUAUUUGGCCAGGUAAUUGAGACGACGCCCAACAAGUUUGCCUAUACUAUUCGCGAACCGGUCGGAGUGUGCGGGCAGAUCAUCCCCUGGAAUUAUCCCUUGGCAAUGGCGGCCUGGAAACUCGGCCCUGCCUUAGCCUGCGGCAACACAAUAGUCCUCAAACCAGCAGAGCAGACUCCACUCUCCAUCCUGUUCGUUGCCAAUCUCGUAAUCGAGGCUGGCUUCCCACCCGGGGUUGUGAACGUCAUCAACGGUCUGGGGGCCGUUGCAGGCGCCGCCCUCGCCUCCCACCCGGACGUCGACAAGAUCGCUUUUACCGGAUCCACGAGCACGGCAAGGCAGAUCAUGAAACUGGCGAGCCACAACCUGAAGAAUAUCACACUCGAAUCGGGCGGAAAGAGCCCCCUAAUCAUAUUCGACGACGCUGACCUAGAUGUCGCUGUCCACUGGGCUCACGCAGGCGUUAUGUCGAAUCAAGGCCAGAUCUGUACCGCAACGUCAAGGAUCCUGGUCCAGGACGCUGUUUACGAUGAGUUCUUAGCAAAGUUCCUAGAACAGGUGACCAAUAUCUCCAAAGUCGGCAACCCCUUCGACGAAAGCACAUUCCAAGGGCCCCAGGUCUCCAAGGCCCAGUUCGAGAGAAUUCUAGCCUAUGCCGAAAUCGGCAAGCAAGAGGGCGCAAAGCUUCAGCUCGGAGGCAAGCCUUUCCGGUCCGACGGCAAGGGCUUCUUCGUCGAGCCCACGGUCUUCACUGGCGUCCACUCUCAGAUGAGGGUUUUCCAGGAGGAGGUUUUUGGCCCUUUUGUUGUUAUCUGCCGUUUUAAGACUGAAGAGGACGCCAUAGCCCUCGCCAAUGAUACUCAGUACGGCCUGGGAAGCGCUCUCUUUACUACUAACCUGAUUCGUGCCCAUACCUUGGCUAAGAAAAUACAGGCUGGCAUGGUGUGGAUCAACUCAAGUAAUGAUAGUGACUGGCGGAUCCCCUUUGGGGGGGUAAAGCAGAGCGGCAUUGGUAGGGAGCUGGGCGAGGCUGGUCUUGCUGCCUAUUCCAACACCAAAGCCAUUCAUGUAAAUCUUGCAACGCCAUCGAAGCUUUAG